UUCCGGUCGCCAUUUUGCCGGUGUUUUAACAGUUUGGUGAGAAUCUGCAUGGAAUAACUAGCCGCUGGGUGGACGGACACCGGUGGCAAGAUGUCCAAGCGACAUCGUUUAGAGUCGGGCGAUGACUAUUCGUCGAGUAAAAAGAAACCCUGUGAUGGGCGCGACCGCGGCAGAGACCGAGACCGCGAUGAACAGUCGAGGGAUCGAGAUCGAGAGGGCGACAGGGGGCGAGACGCGAAGUCAUCCGGGUUGCCCAGCAUCCCAGCUGCCGGCGGCGGCUUCCCUAAGCCAACCCCUUUUCAGCAGCAGAUCAACCCCUUCACCAACCUGCCCCACACACCACGCUACUAUGAGAUCCUGAAGAAGCGGCUGCAGCUGCCUGUCUGGGAGUACAGAGAGAGCUUCACCAGCAUCCUGAUGCGUAACCAGUCUUUUGUGCUGGUGGGAGAGACGGGCUCGGGAAAGACCACACAGAUCCCUCAGUGGUGCGUGGACAUGGUGCGGUCAAUGCCGGGACCAAAGAGGGCAGUGGCCUGCACCCAGCCCAGGAGGGUGGCGGCCAUGAGCGUUGCCCAGAGGGUGGCUGAUGAGAUGGAUAUCAUGCUGGGCCAAGAGGUGGGCUACUCCAUCAGGUUCGAGGACUGCAGCUCUGCCAAGACGGUGCUCAAGUACAUGACAGAUGGAAUGUUGCUGCGGGAGGCCAUGAACGAUCCACUGCUGGAGCGUUAUGGUGUCAUCAUCCUGGACGAGGCACACGAACGCACAUUAGCUACAGAUAUCCUCAUGGGGGUCCUCAAGGAGGUGGCCCGCUCGAGGUCUGACCUUAAGGUCAUCAUCAUGAGCGCGACACUCGACGCCGGAAAGUUCCAGGUGUACUUUGACCACUGCCCGCUGCUGACCAUCCCUGGACGCACACACCCUGUGGAGAUUUUCUACACACCGGAACCGGAGCGUGACUACCUGGAGGCGGCCAUCCGCACCGUGAUCCAGAUCCACAUGUGUGAAGUGGACGAAGGGGACGUUCUGCUCUUCCUCACUGGACAGGAGGAAAUUGACGAAGCCUGCAAACGAAUCAAGAGGGAGGUCGACGACCUGGGGCCCGAAGUCGGCGAUAUCAAAAUCAUCCCGCUGUACUCCACUUUGCCUCCGCAGCAGCAGCAGAGGAUCUUUGAGCCACCCCCACCCAAUAAACCAAAUGGUGCCAUCGGAAGGAAGGUUGUCGUGUCAACAAACAUCGCCGAGACGUCUCUGACCAUCGACGGCGUGGUGUUUGUAAUUGAUCCCGGAUUUGCCAAGCAAAAGGUUUAUAACCCUCGCAUCAGAGUGGAAUCCCUUUUGGUUACAGCCAUCAGCAAGGCCUCAGCUCAGCAGAGGGCAGGUCGUGCUGGACGGACAUGCCCAGGAAAGUGUUUCCGCCUUUACACAGAGAAAGCUUACAAGACAGAAAUGCAGGACAACACGUAUCCAGAGAUUCUGAGGUCUAAUCUGGGCUCUGUGGUGCUGCAGCUGAAGAAACUGGGUAUUGAUGACCUGGUGCACUUUGACUUCAUGGAUCCACCAGCCCCAGAGACCCUGAUGCGAGCCCUGGAGUUGCUGAACUGCCUGGCAGCGCUCAAUGACGACGGUGACCUGACGGAACUGGGCUCCAUGAUGGCAGAGUUCCCCCUGGACCCCCAGCUGGCCAAGAUGGUCAUCGCCAGCUGUGAAUUCAACUGUUCAAACGAGGUCCUCUCCAUCACUGCCAUGUUGUCAGUCCCACAGUGCUUCGUCCGACCCACGGAGGCUAAGAAGGUGGCUGACGAGUCCAAGAUGCGCUUUGCCCACAUCGAUGGAGACCACAUGACGCUGCUCAACGUCUACCACGCCUUCAAACAAAACCACGGGGCUACUCAGUGGUGCUAUGACAAUUUCGUCAACUACCGCUCGCUGAUGUCGGCAGACAAUGUACGGCAGCAGUUGUCCAGGAUCAUGGACCGCUUCAGCCUGCCGAGGCGGAGCACUGAGUUUAACAGCAGAGACUACUACACCAACAUCCGGCGAGCGCUGGUCACUGGCUUCUUCAUGCAGAUCGCCCACCUGGAGCGCACCGGCCAUUAUCUGACAGUGAAGGACAACCAAGUCGUUCAGCUGCACCCCUCCACCGUGCUGGACCACAAGCCGGAGUGGGUGCUUUACAACGAGUUCGUGCUCACCACCAAGAAUUACAUCCGCACGUGCACUGACAUCAAACCAGAGUGGCUGAUGAAAAUUGCCCCGCAGUACUACGAGAUGAGUAACUUCCCCCAGUGUGAAGCAAAGAGACAGUUGGAGCGUAUCAUUACAAAACUCUCAUCCAAGGAAUACACUCAGUACUAAGAAGGCUUGCAUGUGCCGGCAUCCUCAGUAUCUGUAUAAAGGAAAGUCUGAACUCAUUUGAAUGCCGCCGCCACCCUCCACCCCCCUCCAACAACCUAAUUUUGAAUUCUAUUUUUGUCUCACUGUGUUUAAUGUAUUUUCAUGAUUGAUGAAUUGUGUCCCAUUACCUUUGAGAGCCACCUUGUAUCAUAUUUUGUUAAACACUUUCUGAAAUGGUCUGUAAAUGAUUGGUUAUCAGGAAUUUAUGUUUUUGUUUUUCUGUUUAAAGCAGGAUAUUUCAUGUAAAUUUCCACAUUCCUCUUAAAGACAUACAUACUUAGUCACAGCUUGGGACUCUCGAAGUUGUUUUGCUUCUUCUGCCGAAAUGGCAUCAGCCCAUGGAUGGAAGCUUUUGAACAAAUGUAAUUUAUACUGCAUUUUGAUGCAGGCUUAUUGUAUUGUUCUCUUGUAAUGGUGAUACUAAGAGGGGCACUCUAGUCACAUUUCCUGCCGCUGUUCAGCUUAAUAAAAAAUAACUUUUUAAUAAAA